CGGUUCGACAUUCGCACGUGGGCAUUCGAUCGUGUCGGAUGUUCGCGUUAAGCUCAGAUAUAAGAAAAAACGACAACGUACUAGUACAUAUAUACUUAUAAAUACACGAUACAGUCACUAACACCGUCACAACUAUUAUUGGCACUCGUGUCGUCGUCGUCGUCGUCGUCGUCGUCUUUAUCAUCAUCAGCAUCAUCAUCAUCAUUAUCGUGAAUUUAGUGAGAGAGAAAACUCAUCCUUAGUUUCUUCCUUAUAGCUCUCAUCGACAAGUGAUCUUUUUAAAUCUCCCGCGUUUUUUUUUCCUCGAAGUAAUCGACGUUAUCGUCGCGUUGUUAUCGUCGUCGUCGUCGUCGUCGUCGUCGUCGUCGUCGUCGUCGUCGUCGUAGUUGUCGUCGUCGUCGUCGUCGUCGUCGCCGUCGUCGUCGAAAAAACGCCAACCGAGCGUCGCCUUUCUCCUUCCUUUUUUUUUUUUUUUCACCAAGAUAGUGUGCCAUCGUUCUUCUCUCCCCACUACUACUACUACUACUACUACUACCGUCAUAUACCUACCACCCCUUUGUCGAUCACAAGCAAGUUUAACGCGUUAAGAAAUAGUUCGUGUCCGAUCAACGAACGACGCACAUCGCGUCGCACGAGCUUUGGGUGUUUAUAUGCGCUCUCGGUGUACAACUUAUUCGUUGGAUUAUUAAUUAACAGUGGGAUUAUUUUACGUGUACGAACAAGUGUAGAAGAAACAUCGACGAAGAAAAAAGAAAAAGGGCAACCUUGCGUUAGUUUGACCUAGAUGCUGUUAAACCAACGGCACGCCUGAUUUCUUUUCAUCCCUAAAGUACCAAAUAAAUUGUCAAGAUUGAUCAAGUGGUUUUGUCGUCCGGCGGUGACAUCGCCAAAAUUUGGAGGAUGUUGAUGCCCGGUGCCGCCGGUCUCAGUGCCGUGGGCGCUGUGGGAGCACCAGGCCCGGACGAGCUUGUUUCCGGGCUGGGUGCUCUUGCGGGUGCCACACCUCAGCAAAAAGAUACCACCUGGACUAAGUUAUUCGUUGGCGGUCUACCUUAUCAUACGACCGAUAAAAGUCUAAGGGAACAUUUCAGUGUUUAUGGGGAUAUCGAGGAAGCCGUUGUCAUCACCGACAGACAGACUGGAAAAAGCAGGGGCUACGGUUUCGUUAUCAUGGGAGACAGAGCGGCUGCUGAGAGAGCCUGCAAGGAUCCUAAUCCCAUCAUCGAUGGUCGCAAGGCCAACGUUAACUUGGCAAUACUCGGAGCCAAGCCAAGGGGUAACUUGCAAACGACAUUCCCAUUUGCUGCUGGCAUUCGAGCUGGAUAUCCUGCGGUGCUUCCAGGUCAAUAUGGAGUACCACCGAGCUACGUUUACCAGUCUCCUUAUCUGGCCGCAGCGGCGCCAGGCGGCUUGGUACCACUUCCGGCGACACAGUUGAGCCACGCAGCCGCAGUUGCAGCUACGCAAUUUUACGAUUAUCAGAAUGUAGCGGCAGCGGCUGCCACCUAUCCGGGUACUUCCUACAAUUUUGCAGAGGCCUAUCCAUACACCAGCGCUGCUGCUGCUGUAAACGCAGCGGCAGGUUAUGUGACGCCAUAUACAUAUGCAACAUUGCCAGGUGCAGCAGGUUUGCCUGCUGCUGCUGCUGCUGCAACGGCGGGUGCCGCUUUCCCAGGAUUACCAUACCAAACAACGCCUCAGGAAGCAAGAUUACAAUAGGAAAGGAACACGAAGUCUUGCCAAAAAUGAGAAUCGUUUAUUUUUUUUUUUUUUUUUUUUUUAUCGAGGAUCGUCUCGGCGCGACGAUUUCGACGAUUAACUAACGAUUGUCGUUUGUUUCUUUUUUUUUUUUUAGUAUAGAAUUAAUAAGGGAAGGGGGUGGAAAGUGAGAGUUAUCGAAGGAUCAUUUUAUUAUGGAUAUAAAAUAAACGAGAAAAAGAAAGAGAAAAGAAUUCCUUCGAAUGAUUUUUCACUAAAUAUUUUAAACGUUGUUUGUCUUCGAAAUCAUCGAAUGACGAUCUUAUCACUCGUGUUCGCUAUAUAUAUAUAUAUAUAUAUAUAUAUAUAUAUAUAUAUAUAUAUAUAUAUAUUUUCACCCUCUUCUAAGUCAAUUUCUUUUCAAUUUUUUUUUUUUUUUUUUUUUUUUUUAAAUAUAAAAAGCGAACUUUCGUGUUGAUCGUAAUUGAUAUUGUACCGAAAAACGUACAUGCGUACGUUUGUAUUAGAUUCUUGGAAGGUUCUCGCUUAAUGAGCAGAGGACAAGUACGACGAGCGAUUGUUUAAUCGCAUAGUUUAGACACAUAUUUUUAUUUAUUCGUGCAUGUAAGUAGUGAGAGUGGGAGAGAGCGAGAGCGAGAGCGAGAGAGAGAGAGAGAGAGAGAGAGAGAGAGAGAGAGAGAGCGAGAGAGAGAAUAGUGUUUUUAAUCAUAAUGUCGACGUCCCUUGAUACUUCGCGAUUUUUUUGGAUCUAUUAGGAAAUUCCAAAAAAAUAAAAAAAAAAUAAAUAAAAAGAAAAAAGUAGAGAAACAACAAUCUUUCAAGGGAUUUUCUACGUCGACAUGACAUUUUAUUCAUAAAGUUGUUCUAUCUUUGUUAAAACAAAAAUGGCGAGUCGUCUGUUGUAACUCGAUCGUACGAACGUUCCUGUCACGAAAGUUAUAGAUGAUUUUAGAUAAUAAUAAAAUGAUAUAUGGGGAACGCCCUUCAUAGAAUGUCUUCGUAAAUGACAAAGAAUAAUUAAAGUGUCUUAUUCGUGUGGCCUUAUCUUAGUACAGAAUACGAAAAACAUUUAUUUUCAUUUAAUGAUAGAAGAAAGGAACGACGCUGUUGAAAUCAUCAUAUGCGAUAGAGAAAGAGAUAGAGAGAAGAAACAAAGAAAAAUAAAUCAGACCAAAUUUUCGUCGUAUUUAAAGACAUAAUGAUUGAUUGAAGAAGGAAUAAAAAAAAAAAAAAAAAAUAAAAUGAAAUAAAAUAAAAUAAAAUAAAAAAAGAAAAAAAAA